GUUCCUAUAUAGCCACGACCACAGAAGCAGCAGAUACACCCAAUUGCUUGUCUUCUCGUAUCUUCAAGCCGAAAUCAUCAUGGCUGAUGCAUCCAACUUCAUGACCAGCUUCCAAAUCCUUGCAAAGGCCCUCAAGCUUCUGAAACUCAACUUGAAGCUACUGCUCCCCAUCAUGCUCCUCUCCACCAUCCUUUCAUCCGCCCUCCUCUUUGAUACUCGUACCCAUCUUAGUCCUCUCAUCUUGGAUCCAUUCGUCAUGCCAUUUCCAAUGGCCACGAAUUUCGACGACUACAGAGGCUUCGAGUUUGGUACGACACAUGACAUCAAAGAACUACUCGCCAUCACCAUCUUCGUACUCGUCGAGCACACGCUGUACCUGCCCACGAUCACCGUAACAAUCUAUGCUGUCUCCGCGGCCUACUCCACCGCCGCGGCGACACAUCUGACGCUGUCCGGGGUUAUGCGGUCGCUGAAGGCAUGUUUCAUCACAAGACUAUGGGUAACCAUGCUGGAGUUGGCUUUCAAUCUUCUAUUAGCAUCUGUGAACAUGAUGUCGGUGGGGAUUUGGAUCUUCGGAAUUGUACUAGGAGUAGCGUCUGUUUUACAGAACUACUUGCGCGUGGUGUGGGUUCUAGCACUGGUGGUUUCAGUGGUGGAGGAUUAUUCUGGUGUUGCAGCUCUGAGGAGGGCUCUGCAGCUUGUUCGUGGAAACUUUGCGCAGACAUGGCGACUCUCAGUUUUCGCGUUUCAGACGGGUAUACAUUUCUUUGUAGCUCACAACUUAGCCUCCUCUCUCCUCUGCCGGAGACCGAUCUUCGGAGUCGCUAUGUCUGUGUUUUCGGCGGUGGGUGUUGCGUUCUGGGUCAUGCUUGCGUUGGCAGCGGAAGUGGUGUUCUAUGGCGAGUGCAAGAAGAAGAGACGUGGAGUGGAAGAGACUGCCGUGAAAGGAGGUCCAGGCAACGAUGUGGAUGAGGAGCCCAGCAACACUCAUGAGCAUCAACUUUGAUCCGGUAGAGAUUUUUUUGGUUUGUUUUGCGUGAAAUUAUACAUGUAUUAUUUUGCGGGCAGGAUUAUGUCAUAUUAAUUAAUUAGCAAAUCAGGUGAAAUUUAUAACA